AAAGCGCCUAAUAUUGCAAAAUCAUGUCGAUUUAUCAUAAUUCUGCACGUAAAAUACAAAAGAUUCAGAAAUUCAGUACAUUCUUGGUGUCUUGGGUUCGGUUUAUCUCAGCAAAUUCUAAUUUGCGUGACGUUUUAGCUGCUAAGAUUCCGAUUGAACAGGAGAGAAUUAAGAACUUCCGUAAACAACAUGGCUCCUUUAAAAUGGGCGAAACCACUAUCGACAUGAUGUAUGGUGGUAUGCGUGGUAUUAAGGCUUUGGUUACAGAAACUUCUGUUUUGGAUCCAGAAGAGGGUAUUCGAUUCCGUGGUCUAUCCAUAUCUGAAUGUCAAAAAGCAUUACCGUCUGCUGAUUGUGGUGAGGAGCCUCUACCGGAAGGCCUGUUCUGGUUGCUAGUGACUGGCGAGGUGCCAACCAAGCCCCAAGUUAAGCAAAUUUCGCAUGAAUGGGCUGCACGUGCUUCUUUGCCUCAACAUGUUGUAACGAUGUUGAAUAAUUUUCCAACAACUUUACACCCUAUGGCUCAAUUUUCAGCUGCCAUCACUGCCCUUAAUCAUGACAGUAAAUUUGCCAAAGCCUACUCACAAGGUGUUCAUAAAUCUAAGUAUUGGGAAUAUGUGUACGAGGACAGCAUGGAUCUGAUUGCCAAAUUGCCAGUGGUAGCUGCUACUAUCUAUUGUAACACUUAUCGCAAUGGAAAAGGUUCCAUAGCAAUUGAUUCGAAUUUAGAUUGGGCGGCUAACUUCGUUAAGAUGUUAGGCUACGAUGAUCCAAAGUUUAAUGAAUUGAUGCGGCUUUAUUUAACCAUACAUAGCGAUCAUGAAGGUGGUAAUGUUUCAGCUCACACAGUGCAUUUGGUGGGCUCAGCCUUAAGUGAUCCGUAUCUAUCAUUCGCCGCUGGAAUGAACGCCUUGGCUGGUCCAUUGCACGGCUUAGCAAAUCAGGAAGUGAUGAUGUGGUUGCGUAAGUUACAAGAAGAAAUUGGCGAGGAUCCAAGCAAAGACGAGUUGAGAGAGUAUAUCUUGAAAACUUUAGAAUCCGGGCGGUUAGUGCCCGGUUAUGGUCAUGCCUUAUUACGCAAGACAGAUCCUCGCUACAUCUGCCAGCGAGAGUUCGCUCUAAAACAUCUGCCAGACGACCCACUAUUUCGUCUAGUAUCCAUGAUCUAUAAAGUGGCUCCACCCAUUCUUCAAAAUAGUGGAAAAAUCAACAAUCCCUGGCCUAACGUCGAUGCCCAUUCUGGUGUAUUAUUACAGUACUAUGGUUUGAAAGAAAUAAACUAUUAUACGAUACUGUUUGGCGUCUCUCGUGCUCUCGGAGUGUUCUCUUCUCUUAUAUGGGAUCGUGCAUUAGGUUUACCCAUCGAACGUCCUAAAUCCUUGUCCACAGAUAUGCUUAUGCAAAUGGUCCAAAAGUAA